AUGAGAAGUGGGGCGACAAUGCGGCGCAGCAGCGCCUCAGUUCUGCUACCUUCUUCAGAGCAGCAGCAGCACGAGGACCUGCAGCUGCAGCAGCAGGUUCUGCACAACCGUCGCAGCAGCAGCUUGCAAGCUCCCCUAAUUAGGUCUCAAGCGCCACAUCAUCAGCAGCAGUGGCACCACCAGCACCAGUAUCACUGGCAACAACCACAGCAGCAGCAGUACCACUGGCAACAGCAGCAGUGGGAGCUGCAGCACCAGCUUUGGAAGCAGCAGCCAUCCAGCCUUUCGUUGCCAUCUCAGCAGCCGACUGCUGUAGGAGAGGCAGCAGCAGCGCCUGCUACUGCUGCUGCUGCUGCCCCAUACGUACUCAACAGCAGCAACAGCGGGGCGGCCCUGCAACCCAAACAGCUAUUAACGCUUCCAUGGCAACAAUCCCGUAUAGCGACAGCACCUGAGGUGUCCGCCCCCUUGCUGACAGCAGGAACAGCAGUAGCAGCAACACCAGCACCAGCUGCUGCUACAAAGCCUUGUCCUAUUACGUGGGAUGAGCAACUGCUGCAGCAGCUGUGGGGUUCUGCAGCAUAUUCCGCUCAGCAACUGGACUAUAUCGCAGCUAUAUUCAACCGCUUGCUUGCAGUGGAUCAGCUGUUGCGACCUUCUCCUCUCGCAGCAGCAGCAGGAACGCCGACAGCGGCAGCAGUAGUUGCGGCAGCUGCUGCUGCCACCGCGCCUAGAACAGCCACUAUUAGCGCAGCAGAAUUGGGUAUGUUUUGGGGGGCGUACGCAGCUAUGGCUGAUGCGCCAUACUGCUGCUGCAGCGGCAGCACCAAAAUUAUCACUAGCAGCAGCAGCAGCAGCAGCAAGUGCUGUCUGGAGCGGCUGGGUCUUGUUGCUGCGGGAGGCAGGGGGAGAGUUGAUCUGCCUUUAUUUACCAGACUGGUGGCGCUCUUGGACUGUCAAACCCCAGCAGCAGCAGCAGCGCAGCUGAGGCUUCGGAUGAUCUUUGCUUAUUUUGCCGACGACUCCCGUUCAGUCUACCAGCAGCACCAGCGGCAGCACCAGGGCAUCAGCCGGAGAAGGGUGCCUGUCUGGACAGAAAACAGCUACGGGGCAUUCAGGGCGGCCAUGUGCAACUCAAAAGCAGUUGACCCGGUGAAGGCUCAAGGAUUGCCACCCUCUCUGGCUGGUUGCCUCGCUUUGCUGAGGUGUCCAUACACCCCUAUGCUGCUGGAGUCGCAGUUCGUUGCUCUCGUUGAAGCAAAUAUCAUUGCAGGCACUUCUCGUCUUUUCAGGAUUUGUUUGUUCGGCGGAGGUGCAGAUACACCCGAGCCGCUUUUUGGGCUUGAAUUGCUGCCGUAUCCUCCAAAAAUCGUUAAAACAACUGUUGUGUCUGCUGCUGUUUCUGCUGCUGCUCCUCCUUGUGGUACUGCUGCUGCUGCUUGUGCUCCUGCUGCUGCUACUGCUGUUAGUACUGCACCUCCUCUUGCGGCUUCUGUGCAUGCGAGCGAGAUGGUGCCGCACCUUAUGCAGCAUCAGCAGCAGCAGCAGCAACAUUUGUUGCAGCUGACAAACUGCCAGCGAGUCACUACUACACUGUCACCCGAAAAUGGGCAGCACCUGUUGCAGCAGCCACGGCUGCAGCUGCUCCAACAGCACCAGCUGCAGCAUCUGCAGCAUCUGCAGCAGCAGCCGCUGCAGCAGCAGCAACAACAGGAUUGGCCGACACAAAGGCGUUUGCUGCUACAGACGCACAUAACUCCCCCCCAUCACUUCUGUCCUGAGCAGCAACAGCAGCAGCAGCAGCUGCUGCCCCAGCAUCAGCAGAAGCUCCAGCAGCAGCCGCUGCAGCUGCAGCCUGGAUACUACCAGCUACACGAGCAGCCGCAGCAACUAUCAGCUGCUGCGCACUACAGCAGCAGCAUGCACCCUUCCCCGCUUCUUCAGCCUGCUGCAGCCCACAGCAGCAGUAGCAGCAGUUAUGGUGUACACGCAGAAGGCUACGAUGCCCUGCUGCAGAACUCACUGCAGCACAAGCAGCAGCAGCCGCCAUAUCAGUUGGCCCAAGAACAAAAUGCAACGGAGUAUGAGGCGGAGCAGGAGCUGCUGCGGUUGCGCAUGCAGCAGCAGCAGAAACAGUCGCAGCAGCAGUACCAACCAAUCCUCACGAUACCUUCGGAUAUAGAACACUCACUGCAGCAGCAGCACCAGCAGAACAUGUGGGCAUUCUCAGAUGCCUCUAUGUCCCAAGGCAGUAAUGAAGCAGUUGAGCUGUUUCUGCGGCAGCUACAGCAGCAGCCGCAGAACCCGCAGCAGCAGCAGCACUUGCAGCAGCAGCAGCACCUGCAACAGCACGACCUGCAUCAGCAAUACCUGCACCACCACCAGCAGCAACAGCUGUCGCUGCAAUUUCCCACCCAAUUACUGCCUCCGCUGUCGCAGCUGCAGCUCACCCAGCAACUUCCCUUGCCGCAGCAGCAUCACCAUCAGCAGCAGCAGGACCUGCAGCAACAGCGGCUGUUGCAGCAGCAGCAGCAAGAGAACCAGGACACAAAUGCUACACUGAAGCUGCCAGCCAGGCGGUCCCCUGGUGCGAUGUGCAGAGGAGAUAAUCUGCAAAACGGCCUAGCGGCAACUACUGCAGCAACACCUGCGGCUUUAGCGGCAACCGCGGCAGCACCAACAACCGCAGCUGGGGCACCUGCUUCUCCUGCAUCAACCGGCAUUCCGUCCUUGACUUUGGGUAUUCAGAGGCCAGAGCCCCUGGCGUCGCAGCAUCAGUUGCAGCAGCAAGAGCAGCAGCACCAGCAGCAGCAACACAGACAGUCAGGAGACUGGAACAGCAACACGCGACGUUCCCUGCUGCCCGUUGAAUCGCUCGGCUCCGCCUCGCUCACUUCAGCAGCAGCAGCAGCUGCUGCGGCUUUAACAUCAGCAACAGCAAGAGGAGCUGCAGCACCAGACGUAUGCAGCCCCAACUCUGCUACUGCUACUGUUCCCCCUCGGCGGCUGUUGCUGCGAGCUCAGAGUAGCAGCAGCACUGCCUCCAUCAGCUUACGGGAGCCCCAGCAGCAGCACAGCCCCCCCCGCCUCGCUAGAAACGGCGGUAGCAGCCGCAGCAAGAGCAGCAGCAGCAAGAGCAGCAGCAGCAGCGAUUUCCCCAAACUGUCAGGCCCUGCUACCGUUCUGCCCACUGCAGGGGCUGUAGCAGAAGCAACUGGAGGAGCAGCAGAUGAAGCAUACGGAGCCCCAUUGUUGCUGCCUCCCCCUGAAGGAAGACCGGCUGCAGCCCCUGCGGAAGCAGCAGCUGCAACAGCUGCAACGACCGCAGCGGCGGCAGCAACAGAAGCAUCACUACCUGAGAAGGACACUUCUCAAGAUUCAUUUUUUGAUGCUCAGAGCUCUACAGCUGCCUGCACCAGAGACAACAGCGGAAGUAGCACCAACGGCAACGCGAACAGCAGCAGCAGCAGCAGCCUGGCGGAGCUGCCGCUCUUCCAACCUCAGCCGCUGCUUCGCCGCAGCCGCCUGAGUGACUCGCCGACGUCUCCUGCAGCGCUCGCAGCAGCAGCAGCAAGCAAAUGUAGCAGCAACAACGACAAAAUGAGCGACGCUCGUGCUGCAACGGGCUGCAACACCAGCAACGACAACGCAUGUGGCAACAGCAGCAGAGGACUUACUCAAUCGAUCAUGCAGCCUCUGUAUGGAUCAGAAUCGGCGAACAGCAGCAGCAGCAACAGCAGCAGCAGAACAGCGCCUCCUACGCGCACCUCAAACCAGCCUCAGGAUGGGGAGUCUUUCGUCUGCAACGACAACACCACUAGCAACAGCAACAGCAGCAGCAGCCGCAGCAGCAGCAACAGCGCCUACAUACGGCCUCGGCGCGAUUUGUUUGCUGCCAUUCACAGGGAAUGCACGGAGGACUCAGGGGUGUUGCGGCUGCGGCAGCAGCAGCGUGAGCAGCAGCUGAACUCCAGAAGCAAUGUGAAGGCAGAAGCACCAGCCGCCGAGGCCCCAGGGGACAAAACGGUGGAGUGUCUCCUGAGGGAGCCGUGCGCACUAUCCCCUCCCUUAAGGCCUCAAGGGCCUUCUGCUAAGCAGCAAACAUCGCAGCUAAUGCCUCUGCAGCUCGCUGCAGCAGCAGCUGCUGCAGCAGCAGCAGCUGCUGCCAAGCCUAAACAGAGCACGAGAAUACCCUUUGGAGGCCCCGAGCAGUCCUCCACCCGCCAAAAAGGGCAGCACCAGGUUGCUGCUGCCGCGGAAACAGCAGAGGCAACAGCACCAACGCAGCAGAAGCAGCAGCACGCUAGACAGACAGCCUCCGGGUCGCCUCGGGAGAAAGCUGCAGCAAAACGUCUGUCCUUUCAUGAGGAGUUGAGACAACGGCUAUUAUUGCGGGGAGGUCCCCUCGAGCAGCAUAAGCAGCAGCAUAAAGAGCAGCUGGCUCUGAGGCAUGGAGCUGCGUCGCCGCCUCUAUUUGGGCAACCUCAAGGACCUUCGCUCAGGGGAGAAGCUCCAGCAGCAGAACAACAGGAGCAGCAGCAGCAGCUACAGCCGAAGCCACAGCACGAGAAGCAGCAGCAGCAGCCGUUAGAGCAGGAACGGGCAGGAGAAGUGGAUGACGUAGCAGGAGCACCAUCAGAACUAUCAGCAGCAACGAUAGGGACAGCUACAGCUGCUGCGUUGCCAUCUGAGAAGCUGCCACACAUGGUGCUGCAGCAGCGUCAGCAGGCGAAGCAGCCACAGGAGCAGCAGCAGAAGCACCGUGUCCCAAACCUCGGGGGCAUUUCUCCUUCAGCAGCAGCAGCAGCAGCAACAGCAAGUAAAAAAGAAACAGACGUUGCUUCUAAUACUUGGAUGGUUGCUGCUGGAACUUCAGCAGCAGGAUUGAGUCUCUUUACUUGUGGGGAGCAGCUGAGCUAUGAGCCUCUGGCCUCUGCUGCUGCUGCUGCGGCUGCUGCAGCGGCGGCUCAGGGAGCAGCCGCCGUACAGCCUCUAGUUGCUGCUGCCGCCGCAGCAGCAGCAGCAGAAGCGGCGGCAGCAGCAGGGUUAGGGACAGCGGAAGAGACAGCCGAAAAAGCUGCACACCUAGCGCGAACUGCUGCAGGUGUUGCUGCUGCUGCAACAGAGGCAGCAGAUAUAAGGGACCCGGAGGCAGCAGCUUCAGCUGCUGCUGCUGCAGCAGCUGCUGCUGCUGCUGCUGCUUCUGCUGCAGACCCUACCUGCAGCGAUGCUGAGGGAGACGAGCAACUGCUGCCCAUCUUUACAAGACAGCAGCAACUGCGCUCUGAAAUCGGCUCCCCUGCAGCAGGUGGAGCAGCAACAGUAGUAGCAGCAGCUCCUCCAGGGGGCGUCGGGAACCGCACGGGCUUGGCUGAAAGCUCUGCUGUGUGCAGAAGCAACAGCAGUGGGAGCAGCUGCAGCAACUGCAGCAGCGGCAUUGAAGCCCUGCCGCUAACUUCUUCUCACGGCUCACCUCUAAUGCACAAGGAGCCUAUUCCAUCGAGCUAG